AUGGAGAUGAUGCCUAUGAUAAUGGAGCUAGAUGAGCUUCCGGAACAGUUUUCUCUUCCUUUCCAAGAUCUUUCCGACUCACCACUCAUGGAAUUCUCCGGCGGAAGCUACACCAGCAACCACCCCUCCCCACCACCACAACCACAGUUCAUGUAUCGUAACCAACUACCUGUAAUUCUUCCAUCGCCACAAAUCAGGACGUUACGCGAAUUUCCACGAUGCAGCUGGUUUCAGCAGAAGCCGGACUCGGUAGAGGCCAUGAGGGAGAUGAUAUUCCGGAUGGCGGCGUUGCAGCCAGUUCAGAUAGACCCGGAGUCUGUCAAGCCACCAAAGAGACGGAACGUGAAGAUAUCAAAGGACCCACAGAGUGUGGCUGCGAGGCACCGGAGGGAGAGGAUCAGCGAGAGGAUUAGGAUAUUGCAGAGAUUAGUUCCCGGAGGUACUAAAAUGGACACAGCGUCGAUGUUAGAUGAGGCUGCUCAUUACAUGAAAUUCUUGAAAAAACAAGUGCAAUCAUUGGAACAAGCUGCAGCAGCCGGUGGUGGUGGUGGCGGUAUGCCAACAAAAACAUCACCACUUCCGGGGUUGAACGUUAUUGGCACCACCACCACCAUGAACAAUCACGGUACGAAUAAUCACUCUAAUUUUGUUCGAGCCUGUGGUCAGCCUAGUACUCAAGCUUCUCAUACGGUAGGUUCUAUGGAGUUGCUUAGGUAA